GUCCUCGUCCCGUGCACCUCCCCGCGGGUGUCAUCCUCUCGGAACAGAAUAUGAAAGCCUCGUGCUUCCGCGUCGUCUUUCUCCUUCCUUUCUUCCUGAGACUUGGCCCGGUCGCCGCCGGUAGCCACGGGUACUGUGGGCCGGUCCCCGCUACCGACGCGGAGCUGAUCCACGUCGCCAUGAACUUGGAGUUCUUGGAGGCCGAGUUUUUCCUCUACGGCGCGCUCGGCAGAGGGCUGGACGGCAUCGCACCGCACUUGGCUCUGGGCGGCCCGCCCCCAGCCGGCGGCGAGAGGGCCAAUCUGGACCCUCUCGUCCGGCGAAUCAUCGAGGAGUUCGGUUACGAGGAAGUCGGCCAUCUCAGAGCGAUUUACACAACAGUAGGUGGAAUUCAAAGGCCGCUGAUAGACAUAAGUGCGCACAAGUUCGCAAUGAUGGUGGAUGAAGCUCUUGGGCACAGACUGUGGCCUCCGUUUGACCCAUACUUGGACACGGUCAACUAUCUCUUGGCUUCAUAUCUCAUCCCUUAUGUGGGAUUAACUGGUUAUGUCGGUGUCAUCCCCAACCUUUCCAAUUUCACUACCAAAGCCCUCGUGGCCGGGCUCUUGGGCGUGGAAUCCGGUCAGGACGCUGUGAUCCGGACGCUGCUCUACGAGCGGGCCCUCGAGAAGGUCGCGCCUUACGACAUCACGGUGGCGGAGUUCACCAACUUGUUCUCCAUCCUGAGGAACAAGCUCGGCAUGUGCGGGAUCAAGGACGAGGGCAUCGUCGUACCCCCGGUGCUCGGGGCCGAGCAGAGGACCGAGACCAACGUGCUGUCUGCGAACAAGAUGUCCCUGUCAUACCCGAGGACACCGCAGGAGGUGCUGAGGGUCGUGUACGGGACCGGGGAUGAACACGUCCCCGGCGGGUUCUUCCCGAACGGCGCGAACGGAGAGAUCGCCCGGAGAUUCCUGGAGAAGAAGGGUUAGGGAACAUUGGGUGUGUAUGUAUGUAGGCUUGUGGAGUGGUUAUAUCGGCCCAAAUUGAUGUGCCUUUUGCAGUGAUGUGAAUAUAGUCCAGCCUCAAGUAUUU